UGAAUCACUUCAUACCUAUUUUGAUGUAUUUAUUCAGGUUAUAUUAUUGAUUUGCUGAUAACAGAUAGGAUCUUACCAGACAGUGUUACAGAAAACGUUAUCAAGUGAACACAUGACAGACAACAGUCAGCAAGACCAGGUCGGCGGUAGACUUGCAGUGCCGAUAUGGAGACCCCUCUCUCAUGAAAUGUCCAUGAUGGAAAUAAAUGAGGGAACUACUACUAACGCAAGGACCGAGAAUGAUCAACACGUCAUUUACAGAAGAACUGACAUGACUCCAAACGACUCAGAUAUCUCUCGUGUUUUCCCAUGGUUUGAGCGGAAACAAAUAUUCAAUAGACAAUCUGUGUUUGAAGAACCACAAUGCCUGAUAAGUGUUGAUGAGGCGGGAUCAUUAAAUGUAGAUGAAAAAAUAGCCAAAGAAAUCGAAAUAAUUGACGUUCCUGUUAGUAUCGUGGCAAUCACAGGGCUAUACAGGACCGGAAAGUCAUACCUUUUGAACAGAAUUGCCGGUUGCCCGAAGGGGUUUUCGCUUGGAAAUUCGGUCAAAUCGCAUACGAAGGGAAUAUGGGUAUGGUGUUGCUUACAUCCUACUAUAGAUCAACACAUUCUCAUGUUUCUAGAUACGGAAGGUCUGGCAGAUGUUGAAAAGGCAGACAGUGAUUACGACAACAGAAUAUUUAGCUUGGCUGUUUUGUUGAGUAGUACAUUAAUCUACAAUUCAAAGGGUGUUUUCAAUACCGAUGAUAUACAGAAACUUACAUUUAUUGCUCAGCUGUCUGAAAAUAUCCAAGUAUUUUCUGAGACCAGUCUAGAUAAACAAGUAAACGAAACGCUAAUGAGUUUCGUUUCUCCGGAAUUCAUUUUAUGUCUCAGAGAUUUCUUCCUUGAAAUGGAGAAAUCAGAGGAUGAGUAUUUUGAAGAGUGCUUAGCCAACAGUAAAAGUGAAGAAAUUUCGGGAUGCAUUCAGCGAUAUUUUCCAAGAAGAAAAUGCUUCACUAUCGAACAACCUGCAAUGGGCAAAACACAUCUCCGUCAGUUAAAUUCUUUAGAAGAUUCACAGCUGAACGAAGAUUUCACAGCUGAUGUCCAAAAAUUAAAAGAAUACAUUUACACAUGUGAACCAAAAUAUAUAAUGGCAGACAGACCUGUUGAUGGGUUAGUGUUUGUGACAUUGAUGAAAACAUAUGUGAACGCAUUAAAGAAAGGAAUUUCACUAAACAUAGAAGAGGCAAUCGAAAAUGCAUCACGUGAGCACAAUGAAAAGGUGGCAAGCUAUGUUUUACGGUGGUUAGAUAAUGAGUUAAGACUUAUUACAUUACCAAUCCCUCGGAAAGAACACCUACAAAACACAUUCUUUCAACUUCAAGACAAAUUAAUUCGAAAGUACAGAGAAAAUGCCUAUCCAUGUGAUCCUACUAGCUUUGAAGCACACCUUAAGGAACAAAUGGAAGAAAAAUGGGAAAAUCUACGGGUAGAAAACUCAGCUUGUAUCGCGAAACAAUGUCAUGACUGUUUGGCUAAAUUAGACAAAGACAUAAUGGGAGACGAAACUACUUACAGUGGAGAGGGCAUGUAUGAGCGUUAUAAAGAAAAUUUCCACUACUUGGAAAAGAACUACUACGAGCAGAUGAAAAAGUUUGACAGGGAUGAGCUGAUAGAUCCACUGGAAGAAUUCAAAGAAUUCAAGACGACGUUAAAAGCAGAAUUAUACCGGAAAGACUUAGAACGUGCAAAGAUGCAGCAGAAAGAACAGAUGGAAACAAUGUUGGCACAAAGACUGCAGGAAAAAUAUAAAGAAAUGGAGCAGGAAAAGAAUUUAUUUGUGGAGCAAGAGAGAAAAAGAUUGUUAGACAGCUUAAUGAAGCAGCAGGAAGUUAACACAGCACUCAUGGCGAAAACGCUUCAAGUCAUUGGUGAAAAAUCAAGCAAGAAUAAGUGUAAUAUAUCUUAGGAGAUAAGACGGAAUGAAACACUCGAGUAGCUCUAAUAGAAGAUUGUAAUAUAGUUCUGUGUUUCCGGAAAAUCUACCUUUACUUUUUAUCGUUUAUUUAAGUCGACAUUAUUAGAAAUUUUAUUGAUUUCUCCAUAUCUUAUCGAAGUCAUUGGUUUUGAGUCCUAUAGUAAUUUUUUUUCUUAAGUUUAGAACAACGUUGUUAUUAAAGAAACAACAAUUAAAGAGCAAUGCUCGGUUCAUCUUUUUUUCAAAAGUCCCUUACAUGCUAUUAUUUUCUGUAAAAUAAGCACAUGUUAAGGUAAAUUGCUAUAUAUGUAUAUGUUAUGCAUAAGGUAAAACUACAAACUGGAUGUCUUACGAACAGGCAAAUUCUUCACUAGCUUAAAGGUGUUUCAACUUUAUAAAUUCUUCCUUGGUAAUCAGUAAUCCAGUACUGAUAACAUACUUGUAGUACUGAUAAACAUGUAGAUUAACUUGAUUAUAGUCGGUGUUAUAUUGUGAAACGGAAGUUCAUUAUUUAUGACAAAUAUCUAGUUCAUUGCAUUUCACAAUUUAUAUUUUAUUCUAUACUGAUACAUUGUUAUCAACAAUAACUAUGAUAGAAAUAAAUGCUUUUAUCAAUGUCGAGCACAUAAUUAUAUUGAUUAUCAGUUAUUUUGCAUUUUUACUAAUGUUCGAUCAUCUACACCAUAUAUAUAUCACUUUAGUGUUAGUUAGUAUUGAAUCAAAUUCGUACAUUAAAUAAUUUGAUAUCACUAAAAAGCCUUUUUCCAACAAGUUUUAAAAGUCAAAAUAAAUUUUUGAUUUGAUGAGCCUUGACAAACAUCUAGUGUAUACAUGAAAGGUUCCUUCAUAUAAACGAGGCUCUAAUAAUUGCUGUAAACUUUCACCUCAUUUUCUGCUAAAAUAUUAUGUAUGAUAAGCAUGGAAUUGAAUACUUUUCUUAGAAUCUUUAAAAUACCAGAUAAUAGCACUAACAAAGGACUUAAAUACUGGUACUCAUUGUCGCAGUUGUAUUAUUCUAUUGAUAACUAAAGAUGUAUCAAAUGAUAAUAAUAUUUUGAUUGUGAUAAGGAUUUUAUACAAUAUUUUUAUGUAACUGUACUGAUAGUUACUGUAGCGUUUUUAUAUCUGCACGAAAAUAAUACGACCAGAAUUUCAGUUGCUUAUUGUCUGUAAAAGACCAGCUUUGUAAAAGUGAAUGUGUAAGAGACCACAAACUGGCAUAAUGCAAAAUAUGCACAUGUGUCUUACAACUGUAAAUUGACGUCCAAGACUUUAAAAUCUAUGUUGUUAUAAAAUUACAUAGUAUUAAUAGUAUACACUUGCAAGUUAGAAAUAAACAAAAACUGAAGUUUUGUACGAACGCCUCUUAACUUAGAUUUAAAAAGCUAUAAUAGCAACUAUAGAAGAUUCAGCGAAAAUACAUCAGUACAAUAUGAGCCGCACCAUGCGAAAACAACAUAGUGCGUUUGCUAUCAACAUUGAUCCGGACCAACUCAUCCGUGCAGUCUGCUCAGGAUCCAUGCUGUUCGCUAACGGUUUCUCUAAUUGCAGUAGGCUUUGAAAAAAAAACAGCAUGACCAGACUGCGCGGAUGCACUAUGACUCAAUGAUCCUCCGCACUAUGUUGGUUUUCUCAUGGCGCGUAUCAAAUAUGCUAUAAACAAAGUUAACUAAAGAGACUAAAUGUUUGCCACUCUUAUCUUAAGUUUCAGACUUCAAACGUUUUUUGAACAAAUUUGUAAAUACGCAUUUUAUUACACUUUUGUCAUAGUUAUUUUGAUGUAUUCCGUCUGCAAAAACUAGCAAGAGUUAACCAUUCUUCCUUGUAUCAUUAUAAAACUUAAAAACUGACAUACAGAUGGACAGUUAUUUUCAAUCAUUUCUGUAUCUUAUAGUUCAGAAAUGUAUAGUACAUUUUUGAUUGAGUAUAAUCUUUAACUUUGCUGAGGAUUUUUAUUGUAAACAGUAAAGUCAGCCGUAGUUAUGUGUACUCUUUUUCUGCAGGAAAGACGGAGGUGAUAUCUCUGCCGAUUGAAUACGCUGUAUGCAACUCUAAUCUUCAGAUUUUUUAAAAAGGCUGUCUUCAACUUUAAUGGUUUUAUAAACAGUAUGUGAUUGUACAUCUGUUUGUUAAUAUCAGUCUUUUUAUUAUCACUUUUGUAAAUAGGAAGCGUCACAAAAUAAAUGGAUAUUCCGGACUUA